UGCAUCAUCAUCAUCACUAAAAUAACAAGAACAAAUAUUCAUGAAGACGAGGCACCCACUAAGACUUGACCCCAAAAGUAUACCAACACACAUAACCAAAAACUUAACCUAUGCAUCCCUAUAAGUACGUAUUUUCAACGUCUACAGACAGAUUCAUACACAAAAAAAAAAAAAUGGAACGUCAACAACCUCAAAAGCAGAAAGCAAAAGAGAAGAGCAAAGGCAACAAGACGAAGUUCGUGGGAGUUAGGCAAAGACCUUCAGGGAAAUGGGUGGCAGAGAUCAAAGACACGACGCAAAAGAUACGGAUGUGGCUCGGAACCUUUGAGACUGCAGAAGAAGCAGCUCGAGCCUACGAUGAAGCCGCCUGUCUCUUACGUGGCUCCAAUACACGCACCAAUUUCGCUAACCAUUUUCCAAACAACUCACAAUUGUCCUUGAAGAUCAGAAACCUCCUUCACCAGAAGCAGAGCAUGAAACAGCAGCAACAACAGCAACACAAACCCGUUUCUUCUUUUGCGGAAUGUAACAUCGACUACACUUCGGCUGCUACUAGUCUCACCACAACCACCACCACCACCACGGUAAUGCCACUCAAUGAUGUGUACCGCCCGGAAUCAUCAGUCAUUGGGCUACCAGAAACCAACGGUCACCAGCAUCCUUACUCGUGGCCCCUUGUCUCUGGAUUGAACCAUCUGGUCCCUAUGGCUCAGGGAGGGGAAGAAACACAUGGGCAUCUCAACGACCACAACUCAACCGAUCAACAUUUGGGUCUUGCUGAAAUCGAAAGACAGAUAUCAGCAUCCCUAUAUGCAAUGAAUGGGCCUAGCAGUUACUAUGACAGCAUGAAUGCCGAAUAUGCAAUCUUCGAUCCUACCGAUCCCAUUUGGGAUCUCCCUUCACUCUCCCAACUCUUCUGCCCUACAUGAUUCCACUUUACUUUUCCUGACUAAUUCAUGUAAUUUUUGGAUCAUGAAUGUAAAGUAGAACACAUCUCUACAAUGUCCCAAUAGACAAGAUUGUACCUAAAGUAAAAAAUGGACAUUGUAAGAAGAGAAUGAAGAAGGUUUGGUACAAACAAAUUAAAAGCUUGAAAAUGAACUCGGGAUCUUCCCCAAUGGUCGCUCCACCAAUGAAAAUGUUAUCGAACCGAGAUAAAACAUGAAGUUUGAACGAAUAUUGUACA